AUGACGUCGGACUUGCUGGCCGGCUUCCCGGCAAAUGCGCCGCCCAAGGCCAAGACCAAGCUUCGAUUUGCAGAUGUCGCGGUAACGGCGACAGCAAAAGAUUUUGCGGGCUUCUACAGGGGCAAGCAAUACCAUCAACCAGAUUUCGAUGCCGUCCUCGAUCGCGCCUUGGCCGCAGGCGUCGACAAGGUGAUGCUCACGGGCAUGUCCCUCAGCGACGCGGCCACGAACCUCUCCAUCGCGAAGUCGCGACCGUCGGGGACGUGUUUCGUGACAAUUGGCAUCCAUCCGUAUCACGCCGCGGAGCCCGACGCCGAGGAAGACGGUGGCGAGGAUGCCCAUUUCAAGAAGCUGGCGCAGACAGUCCGACAAGCCCUAAUUUCCGCAUCCAAAGACGGAUCAUCGCCGUUGGCCGCGUUUGGCGAGUUGGGCCUCGACUACGACCGCCUGAACCAUGCGUCCAAGGAAGCGCAGAUGCGCACCUUCAAGCGUCAGCUGGAUCUGUUUGUCGAGGAAAAGCUGGAUUUGCCCCUAUUUCUCCACUGUCGCGCCGCCUACGAUGACUUCGUGGAGACCAUCAAGCCGUAUAUCCCCAGCCUCCCCCGCCGCGGCCUGGUCCAUUCCUUUGUGGGCACCUCGGCCCAGAUGGGAACCUUGGUAGAGCUCGGGUUCGACGUCAGCGUGAAUGGCUUCAGUUUCCAGGACAGAGAAAGCUUGGAAAUGGUGCGCGACAUUCCGUUGGAGCGCCUACAAAUCGAGACGGACGCGCCGUGGGGUGAGAUACCGGCGGGCUCGGAGGUUGCAAAGAGAUAUCUCGAUAACGCGCCGGCGUUGCCGCAGAGCAAGAAGAAGGACAAGUUCGAGCUGGGGCUCAUGGUGAAGGGGAGGAAUGAGAGCUGUGCUAUGGACAGGGUUGCUUUUGUCGUAGCAGGGCUGAAAGGGCUGAGUGUGGAGGAGGUCGCUGAGGCGGCUUGGAGGAAUAGUGUCAAAAUGUUUGGGUUUGGCGAAGCUAGCAUGGAAUGA